CUAUACUCCAUGGCCGCAUUUUCCCAACAAAUUUUUUUCUCUCUCUCUCUCUCUCUCUCUAUCAAAUGAGUGGGUUUGAAGAGGACACUACUCAGAGAAUCCAUUUAUAACCCCAACUCCUGGCUUUCUCUGAAGCUGAAAAGUAGGCUCAUCUCAUGGCGUUGUUGAGGAGGCUUGUCUGCUUCGUUCUCAUUGUAUUUCAACUCUGUUUGGUUUUGGUCUGUAAUAAUGUCAUCGCCAUUAGAACAGAAGAGGAAAGUGUAGAACAGCAACAGCAACAGCUCUUGCUUUCCUUCAAGAAGUCUCUUGACAACCCACACCUCCUCUCUUCAUGGAACCCCCUUACAACCCCUGAUCACUGUCACUGGGACGGUGUCCUCUGUUUCAAUGGCCGAGUCACCUCACUUCUACUCUCCACUUACUCACUCAAAGGCCCUCUCUCUCCCUCCCUCUUCUCUCUUUCCACCCUCAUUUCCCUCGACCUCUCUUCUAACCUUCUCUACGGCCAACUCCAACUUUCCCCCAAAACCCUUUCUCUCCGACCACGGUUAAAGUACUUGGACUUGGGUGACAAUCACUUUUCCGGUGAGUUGCCUGUCCAACUCGGUGAGUUGAAUCAGCUGGAAACCCUCAAACUCGGACCCAACUUUUUUUCCGGACAAAUCCCGCCGGAGCUCGGAAAUCUGCUUCUGUUACGGACACUCGACCUCUCCGGCAACGGCCUCACCGGAAAUGUUCCGACCCAGAUUGGAUAUCUGACCCUCCUCCAGUUUCUAGGCCUGGGUAACAAUCUACUCUCAGGUUCUCUCUCUCCUUCUCUCUUUAGUAAGCUUCAAUCUUUAAUUUCAUUGGACGUCUCAAACAACUCUCUUUCCGGCAAUAUUCCGCCGGAGAUUGGAAAGCUGAAGAACCUGACUGAUCUUUACAUUGGAGUCAAUCAAUUUUCCGGUGUAUUGCCGCCGGAAAUCGGUGAACUUUCGAGCCUCCAAAACUUCUUCUCCCCUGCUUGCUCAAUCAGAGGUCCAUUGCCGGAGACCAUUUCAGAGCUCAAAUCACUUGGCAAACUCGAUCUUUCCUACAACCCAUUGAAGUGUUCAAUCCCAAAAUCUAUUGGUAAGUUGCAGAAUCUAACUAUACUGAACCUGGUUUAUGCCGAGCUCAACGGUUCGAUACCGGCUGAGCUCGGAAACUGUCGUAAUCUCAAGACUCUGAUGCUGUCAUUCAACUCGCUUUCUGGGUCUCUACCGGAAGAGCUUGCAGAGCUACCCAUGGUGUCUUUCUCGGCUGAAAUGAACCUGCUUUCUGGGCCAUUGCCAGAUUGGCUCGGAAAAUGGGACCAGAUAGAGUCACUUUUGCUUUCUAACAAUCGAUUUUCCGGGAAAAUACCUCCUGAGAUUGGGAAUUGUUCAAUGCUGAAUCACAUUAGUCUCAGCAACAAUCUGUUGAUGGGUCCAAUACCGAACGAGCUUUGCAACGCAGUGUCACUGAUGGAGGUUGAUCUUGACCGCAAUUUCCUCACGGGGACUAUUGAGGACACGUUUGAGAAAUGUAGCAAUCUUACCCAGUUGGUUUUGGUGGACAACCAAAUUGUUGGUUCGAUCCCUGAGUACUUUUCAGAGCUUCCUCUGAUGGUGCUUGACAUUGAUUCAAACAAUUUCACGGGUUCGAUUCCUGUGAGUAUUUGGAAUUCCAUGAAUUUGAUGGAGUUCUCGGCUGCAUAUAAUCUGUUAGAGGGUACUCUGCCUGUGGAGAUUGGUAGUGCUGUAUCAUUGGAAAGGCUUGUCCUUGGUAACAAUCAGUUGGAUGGCACAAUUCCUGGGGAGAUUGGAAAUCUUACAACACUUUCUGUCCUGAAUUUGAAUUCCAAUUUCCUUGAAGGAACUAUUCCAGUUGAGCUUGGAAACUGCAUUGCACUAACCACAUUGGACCUUGGAAACAACCUGCUCAACGGUUCCAUUCCGGAUAAGCUAGCUGAUCUUGCCCAAUUACAGUGCUUGGUUCUUUCUCACAAUAACCUAUCUGGGUCGAUUCCCUCCAAACCAUCCAAGUAUUUUCACCAAGUUAACAUCCCUGACUCUAGCUUUGUUCAGCACCAUGGAGUCUUUGAUCUUUCAUACAACAGCUUGUCUGGUUCAAUACCAAACGACUUGGGAGGCUGUAUCGUGGUUGUGGAUCUUCUGAUCAACAACAACAGGUUAUCUGGCGAAAUUCCGGCAUCACUUGCUCGUUUAACCAAUCUCACAACCUUAGAUCUUUCUGGAAAUUUUCUAUCGGGUGGUGUUCCAACAGAGUUUGGAAAUUCAAUUAACCUACAAGGCUUGUAUUUGGGGAAUAACCAGUUAACAGGCAUCAUACCCGAAAGCUUAGGUCAAUUGAUUGGUUUGGUGAAGCUGAAUUUGACUGGUAAUAAGCUAUCUGGUACAAUUCCUUCUAGCUUUGGGAACUUGAAGGGUCUUACCCACUUAGAUUUGAGCUCUAAUGUGCUUAAUGGUGAGCUUCCAUCAACUCUUUCCAGGAUGGUGAACCUUGUCGGUUUGAAUGUUCAACAAAACAGCCUUUCUGGUCAUAUAGAUCAGCUCUUUUCUAAUUCCGCUGUGUGGAGGAUUGAAGCAGCCAAUUUGAGUAAUAAUUUCUUCAAUGGAAAUAUUCCAAAAUCUUUGGGCAACAUGUCAUACUUGACAUCUUUGGAUCUUCAUGGAAACAUGUUUACAGGAGAGAUUCCUCCCGAGCUUGGAAACCUUAUGCAGCUUGAAUAUUUAGAUGUUUCGGUGAACAGACUCUCUGGACAGAUUCCUGAGAAAAUUUGCAGCCUUGUAAAUUUGGUUUCCCUGAAUUUGGCGGAAAAUGGAUUGGAAGGACCCAUACCCAAGAAUGGAAUUUGCCAAAACCUUUCAAAGAUUUCACUUGCUGGAAACAAAGAUCUUUGUGGGAGAAUUUUGGGUUUAGAAUGCCCUUUGAAGAGCUUGGACAGAAGAAGGCCAUUGUUAAAUCUUUGGGGACUGGCUUCAAUUGUGAUAGGAACUAUCUUGAUGACACUGUCAAUAGCUAUUGUUUUACGCAUAUGGAUUAGUAAAAGCAGACGGCGAAGUGAUCCUGAGAACACUGAUGAAAGCAAACUGAACAGUUCUAUCGAUCAAAAUCUCUAUUUCCUGAGUAGCAUCAGAUCAAAGGAGCCCCUAAGCAUCAACAUAGCCAUGUUCGAGCAACCGCUUCUUAAGCUGACUUUAGUCGAUAUUCUUGAAGCCACCAACAACUUCUGCAAGACUAAUGUAAUUGGAGAUGGAGGCUUUGGAACCGUUUACAAAGCGACAUUGCCUGGUGGGAAAUCAGUAGCUGUUAAGAAGCUAAACCAAUCCAAGACACAGGGUCAUCGUGAAUUCUUUGCAGAAAUAGAAACUUUAGGCAAGGUCAAGCACCCAAAUCUGGUUCCACUUCUCGGGUACUGCUCUUUUGGUGAUGAGAAGCUCCUUGUUUAUGAAUAUAUGGUAAAUGGGAGCUUAGAUCUUUGGCUGAGGAACAGAACUGGUGCUCUCAAAGUCCUGGAUUGGAGCAAACGUUUCAAGAUUGCGACUGGUGCUGCACGAGGGCUUGCUUUCCUUCAUCAUGGGUUCAUCCCCCACAUAAUUCACCGUGACAUUAAAGCCAGCAACAUUUUACUCAAUGAAGAGUUUGAGCCAAAAGUUGCAGACUUUGGUUUGGCGAGACUGAUCAGUGCUUGUGAGACUCAUGUGAGUACUGAUAUUGCUGGUACAUUUGGGUACAUUCCACCGGAGUAUGGGCGGAGUUGGAGGUCCACCACAAAAGGGGAUGUUUAUAGUUUUGGUGUAAUUUUGGUUGAAUUGGUGACGGGGAAAGAGCCAACAGGGCCUGAAUUCAAAGAGAUUGAAGGCGGGAAUUUGGUGGGUUGGGUAUUUCAGAAGAUGAAGAAGGGGCAGGCUGUUGAUGUUCUUGAUCAAACGGUACUGAAUGCUGAUUCAAAGCAGAUGAUGCUUCAAACUUUGCAGAUUGCUGCAAUAUGCCUCUCCGAUAGUCCUGCUAAUCGGCCAACAAUGCUCCAUGUACUUAAGUUCCUCAAAAAGAUCAAAGAUGAGUAAAUGUAAGCUAGCUGGGUCUUUGUUUAAGUGGUGUUUAAUAACACUGUAUUAUUAGUUAGAAUUAAGUAACAAUCUUCAGUUGUGGUAAGUAUAUCAGUUGGUAAUGUAGUGAAUUUAUCAUAAGUACUUUCAAGUUCA